AUACCGAGCGCCCUCGCCGGCCCGGGGCUGACGGUGGUCCUGCCCCCGAGAGCUGUGUGUCUCCCUCUCCGGGGCCGGGGGUGGGGAGCCCGGACCGGCCAGCGCACCGUUGGCCUCCGGGCAUCCAUCCCCUCCACGCCGGAGCUCCGGGCCCCAGGGCCGGUCGGCGGAGAGGCCCGCCGCCGCCGGCCCUUACGCGGCCUUGGGGGGGAUGUGUCGGGGCCGUGGAGGGGGAGACAGGUGGAGGGGCCCCCGUGGCCGCGUGAGGCGACGCUCACGGCUUCUGGGGACGGCGGAGGGCGACGCCGACGGGUCCGUGGGGUGGGGGUUGCCGAGGAAGGGCCACGGGUCCGGGGAGCCGGCGCGCGUGGAGGUGACGGGCCUGCGGGGCCUGUAGAAAGAGUGCGAUGGGGCGCUGGGGGCCGGUAGCCUUGGAAAGGGGGGCCGGCCUGAGGCCCGGCUGCAGUUCCGCUCGCUAAGGCUCAGAGGGUCCGGAUCUGGCCAGUGGUGACUUCGCUUUCGGUUCGGGGGGACUUGGGGAGGCGGGUCCCUGCCUCGCCGGGAGCCGACGCAUCAUGGAAUUUACCCGGGGGUGGGAGAACGUGCAUAUGUCGCACUGAAGAUGCUCCCUGGGUGACCCUGCCUUAGGACGGUGUGGCACACUGUACCCAAGCAGGGUCUCAAACUGGUCCCAGGUGUCUAGCCUGGUACCACCUCAUUAGUCUGGCUAAGACUACCCUGGUCGGGGCGAGGGCUGGAAUCAAGCUUUGGAAAAUGGAGAGGGCAGAUAUGGAAAGGGGAGAGAGAGAGAGAGAGAGAGAGAGAGGUUGUUUGGCACCUCCAGGGUGCGAAAGAUACCCCCAUAGGCCUUUUAAGGUCUCAGUCCCCAGUCCCCGGGGCUGUCACGAAGGGCCCACCAGGUGCUGGUGCUGUUAUCAAGGGCCCACUUUGGACAGAGUGAAGAGGAAUGUGUCUACCGACUCUUGCAAGUGCUCAGUACAGUGCUCUGUACACCGUGAGUGCUCAAUAAAUAUUAUUGACAGAUUGAGUGAGUUCUCAAGUCCCUGAUGCUGUUACCGAGGGCCCAGUGUGAGCCAAGUGAGGGAUUAGUCUCCGGACACCGGCGCUGUGUCUCAGUUGCUGGGGGAUGAGCAAGGGAGCAGGUUUUACCAACUGGAGCCGAGGGAAAGGGCAGGCACACUUUCUGCCCCUGCCCUAAGUCGGGGUGGCAGCGAGGCAGAGCAGACGUCCCCCGACCCCUUCUGUCCCGUGGGAGACCGAGUUCCCUUGACCACCCCCUCACCCCCUCCCUGACCCUGUCUCCAUCAGGGUUGCUGUGGCAGCGGGUUCAGGUGGCGGGUGGCCAGAGGCUGUUGUGUGCUAGGGCGGAUGUGGCGAUUCCCCCGUGGUCUGGGCCGCUUCUCCUCAAGGAGAGCUGUUGGCAGGAAGGGACUGAGGGGGCGCAGAAGUGGCAGUGCCAGCAGCUGCCUGGAUGGGAAAUUGACAGCCCCCAUCCAGAUGUCCAGGAGGUCCGGGCCCAGGUCUGCCUCUUAGAGCCGUACUCCAUUCCCUGGGCAGCAGCCCCACUCUGGGUGGGCCGGCAAGCUGAGAAGAGGCUCUGUGCACCACCUUGAGGCGCCGACCAGGGCAGCAGAGUAAACCCGUGGGGAGCCGGGAGCGGAACUGGGGAAGCUGCCGCCUGCUACCUCCUGCUGAGGCGAGCUCGGAGGACUGGUCCGUCCUCGCUCACUCCGCAGUCUGGCCAGGACCCACUGGGGAACGGGAGUGCCUCCCUCCCAGCUGCGAGUUCAGGGCUUCCCUUUUGGGCUCUUCGGCACCUGGCAAAGGCCAGUUGUGUCGGGGGGAAGUCAGCUUUCUUCCACAUACCGGUACACGUGCCCCGUGGACAUGCGUGUCUGCUCUCAUAGUGUGUCCGGCUCGAUCAAGCACCGGAUAAAGUCCAGUGUCCACUGCCUAGUUCCUGUCUGCGGGCUCAGGUGCAGCCACCAGCCUGGCCAACCUCCUACUUAGUUGAGAGCCAAGUUUGCUGCCCUUCUGAGAUCCCAUCUACUCCAGGAGGCCUUCCCUGAUUAAUCUCUCAUCUCCCCACCAUCCAACCCCGCCCAACUGCCACUCCAGCACUUGCAUGAUCCCUUGACACUUGGGUACUCAGCCCUCUACCUGCAGUUUUCUUUAGUGCCUGUGUCCCUGCUAGACUGUAAGCUCCCUGAGGGCAGAGAUCACACCUACUAACCGUUAUGGCACUUUCCUGGGGGCUCAGUACAGUGCUCUGUCUCCAGUAGGUGCUUAGUCAGUGCUCUUGAUCCCUAGAUUUUUUCGUGAGCCCAUUCGACUGUCUUUACCCAGAAUGGCAGCCCGGAUCUCCGCACCCAAGAUUUCAGCUGAGCCGCUUCCACUCUCCUCGAUCUACCUGUGUAUUUCAGGCGUCUCUGUGUGGGCCAAGCCCUGUGACAGAAGAAAUGAUGCUGGAGAGCAGUGGUGGCAGGCGGCAUGCUGUUUCUCAGCCUCCUCAGAUUGUCUAGGUUGCAGGUAGGGGAGAGGAAAGUCAGGCGAUACAAACUCGGGGGACCCUUCCCUUGAGAACCCUGCCUUUCGAUUGCUUUGGGGUAAUUGCUGUUGAGGGUCUCGUUUUCCCCAAAGACACCACUGACUACUCGAGGCCCCGCAGACGGGAACCCCUAAUGAGAACCUGGGGGCUCUUCCCUCUUUGAAAAGAUUUGCGGGGGAUGCCCAGAGAGUGUCAGGAAGGGUUCCCUUCCGGUCCGCCAGGGCUUUCGAACUUGCCAGGAAAUGGAUGAGCACCCCAAGGGCAAUGAGGCCUGACCAUCUCAUUUCCGGGUGGGAGUGACAGCGGCCCUCUGACAGGUGCACUGGUGGGCUCCGAGGUCCAGGGUGGCCAGCUAGCUCCAGGGAACCCCUCUGCCAGCUCCGUGGGCACCAGAGGCCCGAGGCAGAUCUCUUAUGCUGGGACUGGACCAUAGGAUGAGGGUGUAGGUGGGCGAGCCGGGAGUCACCAAGGCUGCCUUCAGCCGGCCGGUGCAUCUCCCAGUGCCGGGAUGGCCGAGCCCACGGGCUCCUCCGGGAUCGCGGCUUUACUCUGGCGCUGGGGUGACCGGGCCCCCGCAUACUUGCAGGGUCCCAAAACCUCAUUUAUUCACUCCAUUUCCUGGCGAGUUUUGAAAAGUGUUGGAGACUGUAAUCUCAUCAUCUAGACUGUAAGCUCGUCGUGGGCAGGGAAUGUGCCAACAUUUCUGUUACAUUGUACUCUCCCAAGCACAUAGUGUGGUGCUCUGCACACAGUAGGCACUCAGUAAAUACCAUUGAUCGAUCAAUUGAAUUGUUUCCAAACCACACAGUGGGCACCAUGGAGUCAAUCAGAUGCUUGCAUCACUGGGUGUGGGCUAGGUGACAUUUGUACCAAGGAAUGUAGCAGAUGCCCAUGCCCCCGGUUCUGAGCCUGGCAGCAUUCGUAUCACAGAGUGGGUACCAUGGGGUCUUACAGAUGCCCGUGUCCCUGGUCCCAGGCCGGGUGGUGUUUGUACCACAGAUAGAGCACUGUGCUGCCUAGUGUAUGGCCAUGACCCUGGUCUCAGACCAGGUAGUGUUUGUGCUGUGGAGCGGGCAAUGCAGAACCUAGUGGAUGCCCGUAUCCCUAGUCUCGGAGUCGGUGGUGUUUGUUUUGCAGAGCGGGUCCUUCGGGGGUCUCGUGGAUGCCCGUGUCCCUGGUCCCGGGCUGGGUGGUGUUUGUACCACAGAGUGGGAGCCCUCCUUUUUGGGGGUGAGAAUUUGCAGCUGGGGGUCCCCAAGGGCCCGCGUGGGCCGAAGGCAGGAGGCCUGGAACCAUGCUUCAACUCCGGGGUGUGCGUACGAGUCAUGGAGCUGACCGGGGCUCGAGCUCGUCAUUGGGCCCGGUCUGGUACGGCUUUGUCGAGUUUGACGACCUGCGCGAUGCAGAUGACGCCGUGUACGAGCUGAAUGGCAAGGACCUCUGCGGCGAGCGCGUCAUCGUGGAGCAUGCCCGCGGCCCCCGGCGCGACGGCAGCUACGGCUCGGGACGCAGUGGCUACGGCUACAGGCGCAGCGGGAGAGACAAGUACGGCCCCCCGACACGCACCGAGUACCGGCUCAUCGUCGAGAACCUGUCAAGCCGCUGCAGCUGGCAGGACUUAAAGGAUUAUAUGCGCCAGGCAGGAGAGGUCACGUACGCAGAUGCACACAAAGGGCGCAAGAAUGAAGGCGUCAUUGAGUUCGUGUCAUACUCGGACAUGAAGCGUGCGCUGGAGAAGCUGGACGGGACCGAGGUCAAUGGCAGGAAAAUCCGACUGGUUGAAGACAGGCCUGGCUCCCGGCGACGCCGCUCCUAUUCCAGAAGCCGGAGCCACUCGAGGUCUCGUUCCCGAAGCCGACAUUCUCGCAAGAGCCGGAGCCGCAGCGGGAGCAGCAAGAGCAGCCGCUCCAAGAGCCGGUCCCGGUCCAGGUCUGGUUCCCGCUCGAGAAGCAAGAGCCGGAGCCGGAGCCGUGGCAAAAAGGAGAAGAGCCGCAGCCGCAGCGCCGACGGGCCCCGGGGCGAAAGCCAAGACAAAGCGCAGGAGAAGAAGGUCCAGAAUAGCCAAGCCGGCGGCCAGGCGGGCAGCCGGAGCUUCAGCCAGGGGAAGAGUCGGAGCCGGAGCCGGAGCAAGGAUGGGCCGGAGAAGGGGGACAGGGAGAGCGGCGCCCGCGGCCGCAGCCAAGAGGAGAGAGUCAGCAAGGCCCGCAGCCGCAGCCGCAGUGGCAGCAAGGACAAGAGGAAAGGGAGGAAGAGGAGCCGAGAGCGGAGCCGGACCCGGAGCCGGAGCCCCAGCAAGGGGGAGAAGAACAAGAAGCGCAGCAAACGGGACGCCAAGCCGGAUGGCAAGAAGAGAAAGAAGGACGACGCAGGGGCCUCCCGCUCGAGAUCCCGCUCUGGGUCCAAGGACGAGGAGGCUGGGGCCGGAGCGGGGCGCGCCAAGGGCGAGGCUGACAAGGAGGAGAGCAGGGGGGCUGCGGGGGCCUCCGAGCCCAGCCGGGAGCCCCGCUCCACUUCCAAAUCGCAGCCAAACCGGAAAGCAGAGUCCCGCUCCAGGUCAAAAUCGCAGCCUCGCUCAGCCUCCCGCUCACCCUCCCCAUCUCGGUCCAGAUCCCGCUCGCGGUCCUAACUGGGCCGCGUCCCCUUCUCCUGCCCGCCGGGACUCCAACCCUCCAAUCCCCCUCCGAGUCUUUUGUAACGUUUGGUAGUUGUAACCCAAGUGUUUGCAGUAGAGCACAUGUCGAUGCUGUACAGUUUUAACCUCCCGGUAUGUCUGCGACUGGCAGAUUCCAGAGUGUCCUCCUUGCCAAACCCAGAGGGGGAGGGCGAGGCUGGGGGCGGAGGCCGGUGCGGGGGCGCCAGCCCGAGGGUGGCGAGGGCCCCGACCUCCCAGAGGCGGAGACCCGACCCCAGGGACGCAGGGGGCGGGGGCGGCGGCCGGUCGGUAGGUCACGCGGUCGGUUGUCCGUCCGGUUACUGGCCAUAUGUGCCCUUGCCGUGUGAUGUUCACCAUUUAGUGAAAGUGCUGAGUCUUAGGUUUCAUAAGAUUUUUUCGUUUCCUCUUUUGGGACUUACAGAAUUGUGAAUAGCACAGUCAAGGAGACUGACCCCUGCUGCAAUCCUUAGGAAAGCCACUGUAGACUUCCAUAUUACGGUAUUGUGAUGAUAUUCUUGUUUUAUAUUAAAAACAAAGGGUUUUUUUUAUUUUAUUUUUCCCCGUCUUGCAAGGUUCAGUGACCCCCGUUUCCAUGAAAUUUGAAUAAAGACUAUUUUUGCUUGACAAAA